AAGUUGAGAGCAACUAGAUUUCUUUAAUUGUAACUAAGAAAGGGGGGAUUUGGAAGCUAAACGGUUUUCUAGCAAAACCAAUUGUGACAAAAAACGGUUCCAUUAUCAAGGGUAACAAUAUUUGCAAAUUACUCGCGGAACGCCAAAGAUGGCCUGAUUCGUAUCAAGGACUGACGAAUCGGUAGUACUAGAAGCUUCGGAGUGCCUAUGCCAUACAAAGGUUGUGAUACUUAUCCUAGCUAGAAAUUGAACAUGCAUACGGGUAGGGGUGACUAUACGGUCCGGUCCAGUUAAAUUGGACCAAAUUGAUCCGGUCUCAGUCCGGUCUUUUCUGGAAUAUAAGGACCAAAGAUUGGAUUGGAUACACUCCGGUCUUGAUCCGGUCCGAUCCCAAUUUGAUUUUGAUUUUAGAUUGAGCUUGUGGGGAUUUGAGUGUUGGGGUCUCUUAUCCGGUCUUUAUCCGGGUUUUUUUUACCUCAAAUCUAACCCCGAAUAUGAUAUUGGAUUGUUUGCUAUCCGAUCCCAGUCCAGUCCCGAUCCAGAUUAUACGGUCCGGAUUCGGAUAAAACCAAAUAGUCCUGAACCAAAUUGCAGCCCUACAUACGGGUGAUAAACAACAAAAUCCAUACCGUAAAUUGUUAGCAUAUGAGCAUUCGCCGCUCUCAUACUACAAAUUUAUGAAUUCAUAAUAGUAGAAAACCAAUACCUACAAUCGUCUAAUUUGUAGACCAGAUAUAAUGAUUUCCCAAAUCAGUAAUAGGCCAAAUCCGAUUCAUCAUAAUUCAACAAACAAAUUAAACAACAAACCUUUCCAAAAGCUCGAUAAUAAUUUGUGAUCAACUAUGUUGUUAUGACCUAGGAAAAAGAACAAUCAGUUUUUGCUCAGAUCCCACUUUCUUAAAGCUAGUUGAAGAAAAGUCAAAAUAUAAGAAAUAUGAAUACAUAAAUUUUAGAUAGAAUGGACCAAGAAAUCGGCAGGGCGCAAGGCAGGGCAUGGAAUCGAAAGUAGAUACUCAUACUCCGCCCUCCACGCUACUGCCGGUCGGGUAAUACACAUCCCAUCACGAAUCAGAUUAGGUAAUUCCCGAUAAGACGGGUUCAAAUUAUCGGCCUCCCUAAUUUUGAUAAGAUCUCUUAUUCAGCUUGAGUUUCUCUCACACUCGGUUAGAGUGCAAUUUAUAAAUAGGGAAAACCCUAGGCUCAUAACACGGCAACUAGCUAGCUAAGUCUCUGCAUGCAUGGGCUACGAAUCCUAAUACACCACAUUUAACGGACUAAUACGUAGCCAGCUCGGAUAAGAAAGUGGUACUUAAUUUGUUUCCGACGAUUAAAAGGUUUUCCUAAUCCUACUCGAGCAAGGCUAUCUCAUCAGACCACUCCUCCCCUAUAUAUAUAUAAACACGCCAAUCUCCUCCAUCUAGCGUAAAAAAGGAAACAAACAACAAAGUUCCCUUUUCCUUCAAACUCUACCAAAGUCUCGUUAAUCAUGAUGUUGACGAGUGUCGCGAAGGUGCCCGCCAGAAGCAGCAGCAGCAGUCGGGGAAAGUUUGAAGCAAUGAUCGGCUUCUUCCGAGGCGGUGGUGGUUGGAGGAACGGUUCUACGUGCGAGAGGGCGGUGACGGAGCUGCAAAACCGACUGAGAAACCUGAAGAAAGAGAGGGAAAAGCGGGUCCAGGACCGUACCGGCAGAAUAGCUCGGUUCGUAGACGCCGGGGACGUGGGUGCGGCCUUCGUGGCCGCGGAGCAGAUAGUGAGGGAGGAGAACGCGAUCCGGAUCCUCGAGUUGCUGUACCAUUCGUGCGAGAUCGUCGUCGCAAAUCUCACCUACAUCCGCGGACACUCGGACUGCCCUAGGGAGAUCAAUAAGGCGGUAUCCACGCUGGCUUUCGCCGCCCCACGUUGUCCCGAUCUCCUCGAGCUUUGGAUCCUUCGACAGCUCUUCUUCGAGCGUUACGGCGAGUUCUACGACGUUGCGGCGGCGGAUGCCGAACUUGAGGGUUUCCGGGGAAGUUGCGUUGACUCGGAAGUGGCGAGAAGGCUGGAGUCGAGGCAUGCUAGGGUUCCUUAUCCUACCACGCUUGCAAAGGUUUGUGCGAUACUUCACAAAGACGUUGGAGCUCGCGACGAGGAAUUAGUACCACUGGAUCCUGAAGAUUUGCAGCAGUAGUACUAUAGUAGUGCCUAUUUAGUUUCGGAGAAGUUAUUGUAAAUGGUUUAGAGAAGAUAAAGCAUUUGGACAAAGUAGUAGUGUAAUUUAGGGUUUCGUUAAUUUGAAUCAUUAUACUGAAAAGUUAAUCAAAUGUUGUGCUUCUUUAGGUUGUGUGGACGACACUUUCUUAGUGCUUGUUGUUGCUAAACACAUUUUUUAGUUCGUAAUAUACAUUUUUUAAGUAA